AUGUCACAGGCCGAUAUCAAUGUGAUAAAGACUGUUGAAAGUAUGAUGGCAACAGUUAAUAAGAAAACGGUGAAAUUAAAUGAAAUAUGUGAAAGUAUUAAAACUCAAAUGCAAGACGUGAAAUACACAGAAAACGUAUUAAGUGGGACCGACGCAUUCAUCACGCCUUUUUUUGAAGUCAUUGAUGAGGCUUUUUUAAUGAAAAAGUCUGGGACGUGUGUUAAGGCCAUCGAUUUUAUACAGCAACUGAUCGAGAAGAAAUUUUUAAUAUCCAAGACAAUGACAUACCAUGGCGAGUCGUUGGACGUUGGAGAGAUUCUUGUGAAUAUAUUGUCAGCAACAUUCAAGUACAUAUCACUCCCAACUAAUUUGCCAAUGGCAAAGUGUUUAAAAACAGUAGUUGAAGUGUUUAAUGAACAAUUAAACCCAAAAUGUUUUAAAAAGAUAUUUGUGACAUUAUAUGACCUUGCGAUGGUUGUUCAUGCUACUGAUCCUAAUAUUGUAACAUACCAAAGUUAUUUAGAAAACGUUGUGAGUGUUGUUUUGACUAAUUUGGAUGCCCACUCUGAAAAUCCAAAAGAUCAAACUGCCAAAGCUGUUGUAUUGAGUAAAACUUUAUUUGACGAAAUCACAAAAUACUCGACAAGCCCAUGGACUGAAUGUAAUAGGGGUGUGGAAUGUCACACGACUUAUGUAAAUUCAAUAACAAAUGAAGCUAAAAUAUUAAUCAACGCGAAGAGUCGGAAGACUAUUUUGCCAUUUGAGAAGACGUUCUUUGAGAAACUCUCUCCGUUCUGUUCAAAUAAAGAAUUCUUCGAUCCACAACUUGUCGCGCAAGUCUCGCUGUCACUUAUUCUUAAUGCGAACGACACCAACACAGAAGUCAUCCAGUCGUGUUUGGACAUCUUAGGCAUUUUAGUUGACAAAUACAGACAAUUAAUGACGGACAAUUUAGGCGUCAUAAUGAGUCGAGUCGUCAUUCAUUUAUUAAACAAACAAAGUGUGCCAAUCCAACUCCAAGUCUUAAACUUUUUGAAAUCGUUUUUCACUCUUCCUAAUAUAGCCGAAGAGCUCUUUUUCAAUUACGACUGCAACGUCGAUGCUCCAAAUCUCUAUGAGACCAUCAUCAGGAUAUUAGUCUCCUUAUUUUCUAUUCCCGAGACAUGUGGACUGUCCGUUGAAAUCUUGUUGUGUGUCUAUUCUUCGUUCUAUGAAGUGACUAAAGAAUACUCCGAAGACGUUCUUAAGAACAACAAUAACGACGAGAAUGCAUUUCCCAUCAAGAAGUAUGACGUGAAGUGUUUGAAACAGACGAAGAACUUGAUUACAGAAGGGUUGACUGUCUUUGCGAAGAGUGCGAAACAAGGCGUCUUGUACUUUAUAGAGAAGAAGUUGUGUGAAAACACACCACAGAGUAUUAUGGCGUUCUUGAGGCAAUUUAAAGUCGACAGAAUAGCACUUGGAGACUAUUUGGGAGGGGCCGGAGAGACGAACCAGAAGUGUUUGGAGCUACUUUUAAACACUUUAGACUUCAAGGACAAGCCACUUGACUUAUCGAUGCGGGAGAUGUUUGAUCAGUUUGUGAUGGGUGGUGAAGGGCAAGUUGUUGAGCGAGUCAUCAAUGCCUUCUCGCGACGAUUUAGUGAGUGCAAUCCCGGCAUUUUCAAUGGGAUCACUGCGGAUGAGAUCUACCAAAUUACUAUGACGGUCAUUUGUUUAUCGACUGAGAAGCACAACCCGAGUGCGAAGAUCAAAGUGUUCGACACUUUUGAUAAAUUCAGUGAUGUGAUUGUCACCGACAAGGGCUUUAACAUCAAAUUAGAUAAAGAACAGUUGCGUGGGAUCUUUGAAAGAGUCGAGAAGACGCCCUUCUUAAUACAAAAAGACGACACGACGUCUAAAGCGAUGAAAAUAACACUAAAAAGAAC